AUGUCAGAGAAGCUCGAGAAGGUUAUUGUUGUUGAGGGUGGGGACAAUUCUAGUGACUUCUCUUACCUAGAGAUUCCCGAUAAUGAUCUUCUGUUUAUCGAGGGAGAUCCGUCGAUGAUGAACAAUUCUCCUUAUCCUGAAGUCCGGGCAGCGGUUUCGACCGAGGUGGAUCCAGAUAUCAAGCUCAACCACUGGAGAACUUGGUUUUUGACCACGAUCUUUGUGAUUGUAUUUGCUGGUGUCAACCAGUUUUUCUCCUUACGGUAUCCUUCCAUCACCAUUGGUUUUGUGGUGGCCCAGGUGAUCUCCUUUCCCAUAGGUAAGGCACUUGAGAAGUUGCCGGAUAUCCAAUUCAAGCGGGCUCCAUUUUUCAACUUGAAUCCAGGCAAAUAUACCAAACAAGAACAUGCACUUUUGACCAUUGUGGUUUCACUUACGUCGUCCACGUCGUACGCAAUGAACAUUUUGAUUGCCCAGACAAACUUUUACAAUCAAGACGUCUCGGUCGGGUACCAGAUCCUCAUGGUUUUUUCCACUCAGCUACUUGGAUACGGUGUAGCAGGACUUACUCGUAGGUUCAUUGUAUAUCCAGCACACAUGCUCUGGCCGCAAACUUUGGUUACAUCGACUGUUUUCAGCGCCUUGGCAAAGUCAAAUCUUGCAGAAAACUUUAAAACCAGCAGAGUUAAUUGGUCGAGAUACAAAAUGUUUGCAGUGGUAACGAUAUUUUCGUUUGUUUGGUACUGGUUUCCAGGGUUCAUUUUCAAAGCUCUUUCUUACUUCAAUUGGGUGUGCUGGAUAGCGCCCAAUAAUAUCGUUGUGAACCAGAUCUUUGGGGUUUCUCUGGGAUUGGGAAUAAUUCCAAUAACUUUCGACUGGACUCAGAUUACCCAGGCUUUGAGCUUUAGUCCACUUGCAACUCCAUUCUGGGUGGCUGCAAAUACUUAUGGUUCGGUAUUUGUGUUUUUCAUUGUCCUCUUGCCCAUACUCUACUACACCAAUACGUGGGAUGCCAAGUAUAUGCCCAUGAUCAGCUCGUCCACAUUCGACAAUCGGCAACAGAAAUACAACAUGUCCAAAAUCAUCACCAAAGACUACAGAAUAGACCACCAGGCUUACAAGGAGUACUCUCCGUUGUUCAUCCCAUACUCGUACCUCCUAAACUAUGCAACCAACUUUGCUGCCGUGAUAGCCAUCUUCACGCACACCGCACUUUACAACGGUAAAGACAUAGUUGCAAAAUUCCGCAACUCGAAGCAUGGUGGAGAAGAUAUCCACAAACGACUCAUGAACUCGUUCAAAGAAGUGCCAGACUGGUGGUAUGCGGCGGUAUUUGUUGUAUCUGUUGGCUUGGCAUUUGCAACCGUUUCUGGGUUUCACGAACAUACCCAAAUGCCUGCUUGGGGCUUGGUAAUAGCCUUGUGUAUAGCAUUUGUGGGGUUUAUUCCCCAGGGUCUCUUAGAGGGACUCACCAACCAGCAUGUGGGAUUGAACGUGGUGACGGAAAUCGUGGCAGGUUACGUCUUUCCUGGAAACCCAUUUGCAAACAUGUUCAUCAAACUUUAUGGUUUCAUUCCAAUGAGACAAGGCUUGGACUUUUCUCGAGACUUGAAGUUGGGACAGUACAUGAAGAUUCCUCCAAGAGUUCUCUUCGUUUUUCAAAUCUAUGGUACCAUUCUUGCAUGCUUGGUUAACGUUGGGGUUCAGCAAUGGAUGCGGUUCAACAUUAAGAAUAUUUGCGAGUCCACCAAUGAAUUUUCUUGUCCAAAUGGAAGAGUGAUAUUCAAUGCUUCCAUAUCAUUUUCGUUGGUCAAGGAGUUGUUUUCACCGGGAAAAAGAUACAACCCUCUCUUGUACUUUUUCUUGAUUGGUGCAAUUUUCCCCAUAUUCACUUGGCUCUUAUGGAAAAGAUACCCAAACCGGUGGUUUGGCCGUAUUAACAGUCCAGUUUUUUUUACCGGCCCAGGAAACAUCCCACCUUCGACAUUGUACAACUACUCGCUUUAUUUUGCAACCUGCUUUGUCUUCAACUACUACCUCAAGAAGUACCACAGUUUCUUCCAUGCCCGCUACAAUAAUGUCAUCUCUGCUGCAUUUGAUGCCGGGGUAGCGAUAUCAGCUAUCAUUAUUUUCCUCUGCGUUUCGUAUCCCGGCGGAAAAUUGGUGUGGUGGGGAAAUACCGUCUACCAGAAUACCAAGGACUACAAGCUGACACCGUUCUAUACCCUCAAAGAGGGAGAAACUUUUGGCCCCAGUAAAUGGUAA